UUAAUCUGUCAAAACAAAGAAAUGUAAAUAAAUUCAAGUCGAAUCAUCACACGAGAGUUUUUAAUUAAACAAUUAGAAAAAUGGAAAACCAGGACAAUACCAAUGCAGUUACACUAACCAUUAACAAACCCGCGAGAGUUUUGCAUUUUAGUGAUGGCGUAGACGAGGAGAUUUUAGAGGAAAAUGUUGCAGAACUUGAAAGUAAUCCCAAGGCUGAAGAAACUGUGGAUCCGAAAACGCUAGAUUGGGGUCCCUGGUUUGGCCACUACGCAUGGAAGUCUGGCAACAAAGUGUUGAACGCUGUUGACUAUGCCGGAGAGUCACUGGCAAGUUUCUUCGGCAUCACCACACCGAAGUAUCAAAUAGAAAUUGACGAGCAUGAGCGACUGCAAGAGGAGAAACGGAAGAUGGAAGAGGAAUCUGCUGGCUGGGUGCCAAAGAACGGAGGAGGGGACAUUCCUUUAGUUUUGAACGAGCCUUCAAAUACAAAGGAUGUGGCUCCUUCCAAAGUAUGAAGCUAAUGUUUUGAUGUUGAAUUAGGCCGCAAAUCUAUACUUCUUAUGCAAUACUUAAAGUAUUAAGAUUAUCAUUUCAGCAGUCAUAAUGCAAGCAACAGUUAACAACUUAUUAAAAAUAUAUUUGUUGUACAUGGAUGACUAAAUAGAUGUUGGCUAAGCUUGUGAUAAUAUUAUCUUCUGGGAUUU